AUGGCCACCACCAUUGCCAUGGCCCACCACCACAAUUGCCAUGGCCCACCACCACAAUUGCCAUGGCCCACCACUACCAUUGCCAUGGCCCACCACCACAAUUGCCAUGGCCCACCACCACAAUUGCCAUGGCCCACCACUACCAUUGCCAUGGCCCACCACCACAAUUGCCAUGGCCCACCACCACAAUUGCCAUGGCCCACCACCACAAUUGCCAUGGCCCACCACCACAAUUGCCAUGGCCCACCACCACAAUUGCCAUGGCCCACCACCACAAUUGCCACGGCCCACCACCACAAUUGCCAUGGCCCACCAUUGCCACGGCCCACCACCACAAUUGCCAUGGCCCACCAUUGCCAUGGCCCACCACCACAAUUGCCACGGCCCACCACCACAAUUGCCAUGGCCCACCACCACAAUUGCCAUGGCCCACCAUUGCCAUGGCCCACCACCACAAUUGCCAUGGCCCACCACCACAAUUGCCAUGGCCCACCACCACAAUUGCCAUGGCCCACCACUACCAAUGCGAGCGACACAGUGUUCGCUGUGAGCCGGGCCAUCACUACCGUGCUAAGGUACUCCACCAACACAACUUUCAUCAGAGCCACUCUCGCUCGUCUCAAGGUUAAUACGCCAGAGGAGGCGGAGAAGCGGCUGAGCCGGCACCUGUGGGCGAUGUUACACAGGCACCAAGGCGCCGACAUCCCCCCGGAGGUGGCUGAAGAGAUCUCUACACUACCUCUCCAGGAGCACACUAACCACAGUCGAAUUACCACUGAACUUGACGACUCUCCAGACAAUACCACUACAAGAGAAUUCGCUAUGUUUAAUGAGGGAAAUUAUAACGAUGCGUUAAUCUUUCCUCAUGAAGUUGAGAACCUGAGCCUAGACCUGAUGGAUGAUGGGACUCUUGGGGCAACGUUCGAAGGACUUCACCAAGAGGUCCCUCCUGGAGACAGCACAUCGUUACUUGUAAACAAUUCUUCCUCUCGAACACAGCCUAGUGAUUCUGGGAUUCAGCGAGAAGAAAUCAUCCCCCACUGGCUGCAAGUUGACUCGGAGACGACUCGUGAGCAGAGAGUAAACAAUGAGAUAAUAUCCCAAUACAAUAACGAGCUAAACAUUUACCAAGAUGACAGGAGGCAAGAAUCUAGUUAUGAAGAUCGUGAUUUCUACGAGGAUACCGGUGAUAAAUUUCUACUUUCAAGCAUUCGUGACUCAACUUUCUUUGAUUCCCCAAUUUCACCUGGACUGGGAUGUCUUGAAGAAAGUCAAUUCUUUGAGGACGCUCUCCAUGAUGCAGAUGUUCAUGAUUCCGGCGGUAGUGGUAAGAAAAUACAAGAUGACCGUUCGAGCUCAUCUAGAAAUAUAAUUGAACAAGCACUUUCCUUGCUCUCGUGUACUUUAGAUCGCGAAGAACCACGUGUAUCUCAAAGUGACUUGAUCGAAGCAGCCAUUUCUGGACUAUCAGAGAAUCUGAACGAAAGCGUAUCUCAGUCAACUCAUAUUUUGCAACAUCAACCACACGUCAAGUCUCAAACAUCCACGCCACCAUCGCAGAACUCUUCCCAGAAAUCUCGUCUUUCGCGAACCACACCUGUCUCUCAAGAUGUUUCUAAUGCAAUUAAUCCUUCUCAGUUAACAACAUCGUUCCAUAUUACCGAUGAGUUUAUUCCACCCGGAGACAAGAUAGUGAGUUUAGGAUCACCGCAAGACAAUCAAAAUCGUGACAAGAUUCAGGACUCCACUUCUGCUUUACACGAAAGUAUUGGAUCGUGCCUUGUUAGCAACGAACUCGUUAAUUGCGUUACAGAAAGAGGUUUGGAUCACACCGUCCAAACAGGGCAAGUGGAAGCCACCAGUGACGGAGAUAACGAAUCGGUAGUUGUUGUCUCCGAGAAUCUAGAGGAAUCAUCCAUAAUUCUCAGUGGAGAGUCUGAAUGCUUUGACAUAUCUGAUAUUUCUGAUACUGACAGUGCUUCACUGGGAAAAGAUUUACUAUCAAGCAAGACUGAUCAAGCAAAAAUGACUUCACCUGCAUCAAGAAAUGUUCCUGAAGCUGGAGCCACUUCUGAGUUUGGUGAAAAUGACGGUCAAGUUCAGGAAAUCCAAUAUAUAAAAGUUGUGUCUGCGGGUGAAAGAAAUGCCCCACAAAGUGUGUUUCUAUAUAAGAGUUCACCAGCAGUUAAAUGUAAUACAAUGACUGCCAUAUGCAACCAGAAUCUUUCUUUGCAAAAUAAUGUUGUUUCUCAGUCAUAUCGUGAAGAACAGGUAUUAUGCGACAGAAAAUUACCAUCGAAUGCGUCUUCUAAGAUUCCGGGAACAUUAGUAAAUUCUCCAUCUCAUCAGUUUUUUCCGCAAUUACCACCAGUUAAUGAGCCACGUCCUCAUGAUAAGAUGGCGUCACCAAAUGAAAGAUGCACACAGGAUUCUCCUUCUAUAAGGGUCUCCAUAUCUACACUAUCUUCAGCUGCAAAUAACGUCCUUUGUUCACCACCUUCUUCCCCGCCUCCACCUAAAAGGUUGUUGUUGCUCCAGAGCCUUGAUAUAGCGACCCAAGCACCGACCUGUACACACACACAGGAUUCAGCGAACGAGCAAGAAACUCGACUCUCGUGUGAACAAGACUCAUCAGGUUCGAACACAAAUGACAAUGGAGUUUCACGACGUCCACAUCAAAGUCACCAUGUCGUGCUAAAACAGUUUCCUGAAGAGGUCUCAUCAAACUUAACUUUACACCAUGAAGAUAAAUCAUACUUUUCCUCUGAGAUGUCAUUACACCUUAAUGAAAAUGGCACAGCAUCAGCACAAAUAUUGUCUCGACAGACUGUUACAAAUGAACACAACAGAGAUGGAAGAUUGUCACAAUAUUCACACAAUAAUUGCAGCGGAUUUCUACAAAGCCUUCACGUAGAGACUAUACCAGACCUACACAAUGACCGCGUGUCGGAGGCCUCAUGCGAGCACACGUCAGCCGGUGAUUCGACUGAAGAUGAUAAUUCUGAGUCACUACUGGAAGGCAUGACAAUUGACCCGGUGCGUACAGCCUUAUCUUACGCCAGACUCUUAUCUAAUUGUGCCAGUUCAUGUGAAAAUAUAAAUGUUACCCAAGAGGUCAAUGAGUUUGAGGACAACGACAUUAAUGAUCCUUCUAGUUUCCUUCCAGUUUCAAUUAAUCAAAAUGUUGAAAAUACAACCAAGUCAUUGAUUAAUCUAACAGGAAAUACAAAGGAUCUGUGCAAAACUAUAUCUUCUGAAGCUAUGGCACCAAAGAAUCCCAUAAAACAAACACAUAGUCUAGUCCAGGAUAAUCCUUUACAAGCAUCAUCUCCAAUUGGAUUUGUAUCUGGGCGGCAGGAGCAGCUACUGAAGAACACUAUCAUGUUGGAUAACGCCACGGGUGAGGACAUAGCUCCUUCAUCCUCCAAUACCCCAAAUAAUGAAGGUCAAGAAUGCCCUGCUGGUAAUCAAUUACCGAUUUUACAUGAGUAUAAAACAGGCCAACAAUUGAACGAUCUUGUAGGCCAAAACGGUAUUUCAGGCGACCAUACUGUGUCCGUGGUGAGAGAAUUACAAGAUGGAACAAGUGAUGUUACCGUGCCUGAUGUGAACUCACCCCAGCUCUUGGUUCACGAGGAGGGACACCUUCAAACCACAGUACCAAGAGACAACUUACCCGCAAAAGUACAAUUCUUUAAUAUGUUUGUUAAACCACCUGAUGGAGAUGCUCCGCAGGAUAAUAUCUCAGGAACUGGUCAGGAAGACAAUGAGUUACAAGUAGUACCAAUAACUGACAGCAAGCAGCUGCAUGUCGAAACACCUGAAGAUGAUUUACAUAACAGACGCACAUCUACCAAUAAGAUGAAUGACGCAGAAACACCAGGAGACUUGCUGGGAACUAAACAAGUGCAAAAAGGCAAUUUAACUAAAGUUGCGCAACUAAGAAAUACUAUAACCCAACCACCCGUGGCUCGUGUUGCAUUAACUGGCGAUCAUUUGACUAAAGUACCACUUACAGAGCUCACAAAGCAAGACUAUGGCAUAGUUAAUAAGGCCAAUGACCAACCAGCGGAUAUACCAUUAAGUGGCGACGCGCUAGAAGCAACUAUGUCAGUAAUUCAGCUUCCGGAAAUUGCAAUGGCAGAGGAUGAAUUAUGGGAAACAAACAUUCCUGAAGUUAUAAUACCUGAUGAUCAUUUUGAUCAAAUAACUGUACCAUAUUCUCGUAUAAAUGAAAGUGUAGAAAAAUCUAUAAAUGUGAAAAAACCCACACAGGAAAUAUUUAUACCUGAUGUUACUAUGCAAGAUGGCCAACAAGAAGUGCUUGUAAUCGAAGGCACGAUACCUCCGGACUUUACCAUGAUGGAAGAUCAGGGAGUAGAUGAUGAUCCAUCACUACAGCUUUACGCUCUUCCGGAACCCUCCACUGAGGCCAUGCCACUCUUUGAGACGGAAGCAUCGAGGCUUACCAGAGAGGAUACCAGAGAGGAUACCAAAGAGGUGAUCAACCUCGAGUCUGACCCGACAACACGGAAAGUGUCCGCAGACAGAGUUAUUGACUCGUUUUGUAAUGGAGAAGGAUCAGGUGAGGUCUCCAUGCUCGAUAUUGAUUCCUCUGAUCACGAACUUUCUCUAAGUUUAGAUUACGACUCUGAUGAUUUUAUUUGGUGACCUUAAGUCACCGUAACAUAUACUCUUUUGGGUUUUACACAGGCUUAAUUUCUAUAUAAUUUUGGUAUACUGGUAAAUUUAAACAUAAAUAAUAUUGUUUAAUGAAUUUCUAUUAAACUUUGGACGGCUGUUUUUGAAAAUUACUAAAUGGAACAUUAUCUACAACGAAGAUGAGUCUAAUUAGA